GCAUCCACCGAUGGAUGCCACUCCCAGGUGGCCAGAUGGGCAUGUCCGGGAAGGACCGAGGCUGUGAACCUGCGGACCGCACCCACUCUCUUUUGUCGCGGAGCCUUCGCUGCCAGUCCGCGGAGGCGGCGUGGAGGGAAGGGCUGCGGGUUCUGGAAACGUGGAGUCCACGGUUCCGUGGUGACAGGGUGGAAACUUAUCUUGGGACGGGCGCUCCCUGUCCAUACUGUGUAUCUGCUGGCCACCAGGAACUCAGCCAUGGGGGCCCUCAGCCGACAUCACUUCUGUCUGAUCUUCCUGCUAGUCUGUGUUCUUUCAUCAGUCAUCUUUCUCCACAUCACCCAAGACAUCUUUCACAAUGGCCUGGACCUACCUAACCUAUUUGCAGACCGACACUUGGUGACGAAUUCUGUGACCAUCUUCUGCCUGUCAGGCACAUCGAUGAUCCCCAACACCUCCUCUUCCUGCCCCACGCACCCCUCUUCCCUCUCAGGCACCUGGACCAUCAUCCCAUCUGGCCGCUUUGGUAAUCAGAUGGGGCAGUAUGCCACUCUGCUUGCCCUGGCUCAGCUCAAUGGCCGCCAGGCCUUCAUCCUGCCGUCCAUGCAUGCUGUCUUGGCCCCUGUGUUCCGCAUCACCCUGCCUGUGCUGGCGCCGGAUGUGGAGAGCCACACACCUUGGCGGACAUUGCAGCUUCAUGACUGGAUGUCAGAGGAGUAUACCCACUUGAAUGACCCUUUCCUGAAGCUCACUGGCUACCCCUGCUCCUGGACCUUCUUCCACCAUCUCCGGGAACAGAUCCGGAGAGAGUUCACCCUGCAUGACCACCUUCGGGAAAAGACCCAAGGUUUCCUGAGACAGCUCCGCCUGGCUGGUACUGGGAACCUCCCGCGCACUUUCGUUGGUGUCCAUGUGCGCCGUGGGGACUACUUGCACGUUAUGCCCAAUCACUGGAAGGGUGUGGUGGGCGAUCGUGUCUAUCUUCAGCAGGCCAUGGACUGGUUCCGGGCACGACAUGAAGCCCCCAUCUUUGUGGUCACAAGCAACGGCAUGCAGUGGUGCCGGGAAAACAUCAACACCUCCCAGGGGGAUGUGAUCUUUGCUGGUGAUGGGCAGGAGGGCUCACCCGCGAGGGACUUUGCAUUGCUCACACAGUGCAACCACACCAUUAUGACCAUUGGCACUUUUGGCUUCUGGGCUGCCUACCUGGCUGGUGGAGACACUGUCUACCUGGCCAACUUCACCCUGCCUGACUCCAGCUUCCUCAAGAUCUUUAGGCCCGAGGCUGCCUUCCUGCCUGAGUGGGUGGGCAUUAAUGCAGACUUGUCUCCACUCCGGAAUUUGCAGAGGAGUCUUCUGGAAUAGCCGGAUCAAACUUGGGCCAGCAUUGUGACAGUGGUGAGGUGUUGAGCUUCUGGUUUUAUCUUCUUUCGAUUUUUCACCAAAGUUAUCUGGAAUUUCAGAGCCCUCUCCCUUCUGCAAGGGCCCAGCAGUUUCUUCACAGGUAUUAGAACUGGCUCCCUCUAGAGCAGGGGUCGGCAAACU